AUGUUCGCCCACAAGUCUAUCCUCAUCGUCGCCGUCAUCGCUGCGGCAACCUCGGUCUUCGCUGCACCGGCUCAGUCGGACUGCGAGUACCAGCCGGAUCUCGCAUCGGUCGCCUGCCUUCGUGACAACCCAAACCACCGCCGCGAUGUUGCAGUCAUCUACGACCUCCGCGACAUCGACGAGGCAGCCACCUUCUUGCGUCGUGCUGACGCUCUCAAGGUGAUGCGUCGAGGUGUCGAGGAGAUGCAUGAGCGCACCGACGUGGUCACUCUGGCUCAGAACGACAAGGGCUCCUCCAUCGGCCAGUCAUGGCACGCUGGCUCCGGCAAUGGCGGAAACACUGUCGCCCAGGAAGCUUAUGAAGGCGACCGAGGCGGUUCCAACAUCGGCAGUUCCUGCCACUUCGGCAACGGUCGUAGAGGCAUGGUGUGCGACAACAGCGGCGCCAAACCCGGCCGUCGCCGUGCUAUCGCCGAUGAAGACUUGCCCAACUUGCACGCACGUCUCGGCCGUCAAGACUUUGUCAACAAGAUCCUGAGCCGAGCUAAUGGCAACCAGAUCAUCACGGAGAACAGCAACGUGGGCAAUGACUGUCACUUUGGCAACACGCGUCGUGAGGCCACAGUCGUCUGCAAAAUAGCGGACGGUGAGCACCCAAUAUGGGGGCAGAACCAGCAGGACACGAUCAACAUCGGACCCAAGGCUCGUGCUAAUAUCGACGCUGGCACCGGGCACGACAACACGAUGACCAACACAGAUGCCAACACCGGCAACGAGUGCCACUAUGCAAAUCGACGAGAUGCCCCGGUCAAGUCAGAUGGCCCUAACGGCCCUGUCUUCACCUGCAAACUGGACCACUCGCCCAAUUACGGUGGUAUGGGAGGCGAGCACACUCUGGUACAAAGACCCGGCCCUUCCGCCAAGCGCAGCGUGCGCCGCGAUGUGCCCAUCGAGUACGACCUGCGUCGAGCGACCGACGUUGUCAAAUUCCACCUGAGGCGUGCCGAGUGGGUCGGUGCUGAUCAGACCUGGAAGCGCUCGCAGCCGUGCGACGGUACUCCCGUCGGAGGCAACGGACCCACCGUGACCCAAGUCAUCCCUCGUGCUGCGCCAACCAGCGGCUUCUUCGCUCGCAGUGGCUACAACGCGCUCCGACCUCGCUGCGACCCCUUGCCCGUUCAGGGUUCUGGAGCCAAGCAGGUCGUGGUGAAGUACAACGACUGGAUCAAGCAGCACCCCGAGUACGCCUAA